GAUUUUCUUGAGAUAACAAGAAAGAAAAAAACAAAUUUCAAGUAGAAUUUUUGUGAGCAUUAACAAACUAGGCUAUGUAUUGUAGCAAUUUUUUUGGUUUAUGAAUGGCUCAUUUAUUUUCAAGAACCUUUUACACUUCUCAUAAACUAGUUAUAUGUUCAAACAUUAGGUAUUAUGAUGUUAGAACAACACCAAGAAAUGCAUGUUAUAGAGUUAGAAGAGGAAAAACAUGGAAUGGUUCAAUGUUACAAUGCUGCAGCAGUAGUAGUAGAAGCAGUUCACAACAAUCAUAUUGUGCUGAUCAGAAAGUGAAUUUGCAAACUGAGAAUGAUAGUGAAAAUUUGAAGCAAAAGUUUGAGAUUUUGGCGUGUGAGUAUGGAUGGAGGAUAAGGAGAUUAAUUGUGAAUACUGAUGAGAUAAAAAUGGCUGCUCAAGUUCAAGCUGAGGCUUUUCAUGUUCCUAUGGCUCUUUUCAAUGACUUGUUCUUCCACUUCUUUAAGGCUGAAGUGCUAUCAGGGCUUCUUUACAAGCUUAAAUGCUCACCUCCCAAUAGGUAUGCUUGUUUGGUUGCUGAGAAUGAUCAAGAUUCGCCAAAUGAACUUGUUGGUGUCGUAGAUGUCACUGUAAUGAGAGAUCAAGAUGUUCUUGAACAUCUUCCAGAUGAUGCACAAGAGUAUCUUUACGUUUCAGGAAUAGCUGUCUCCAAUGCUUUCAGGAGGAUGAAAAUAGGGACUGUAAUGUUGAAAGCAUGUGACAUGCUUUCGAAUUUGUGGGGUUUUGAGUUUCUUGUUCUUAGAGCUUAUGAAGAAGAUGUGGGUGCUAGAACAUUGUACACAAAUGCUGGUUACCAAGUUGUGUCUAAAGAUCCACCAUGGACAAGUAAUUGGAUUGGAAGGAAAUGUCGAGUUCUUAUGAUCAAAAGAAUUAGUUUAUUUCCUUAGUAGAUUGUUGAUUCAAAAAAUUUAGAAAAUCCAAACAAAAUAACAUAAUAGGCAAAUGUAUCCUAUGUACAUAGCAAGUACUGGAAAGAACUCAUUUUGUAUGUAAUCAUUGAGAAAUAAUGAGCAAGAUGUUCCCAGCC